AUGUCCACGACCUUUUGCAAAGCAUGUUCCGGUAUCUUUCAGGGGCAUUACGUCCCAUCGAAUGUCCUGUCCGAGAAAGACAUGGUUGAUGUUCAAGACACUGAUUUUGGAAUUCCUGGCUUCACGAAAGACGUAACUGAAUGGAAAGUCAGACUGGAAUACGCAACAGGGCAAGACAAACCAACACCAUAUUUCCAUCACAGCCUCCAUGACCUGGCUAAAAAUGCGGACAAGUGUAGUCUAUGUGCUGUCAUGUCGGAGAGGAUACAGUCGGAUAAACAGCCAGCGGCCAUUCCUCAGAGACUGAAAGAGAUGAAGGAAAUGGGGAAGAAUAUCAUUGGAAUCCCCAUCAUCAAGCCAAAGCCGGGGACAUUUUGUGGCAUGUUCACUCUUGGAUUUCUCCACCGCUGGGGUGCAGUACAACCGCUCAUGUUGUUGGAGUCUCUGAGAGAUACAUUCUCUAAGAACAUCCCCUUCGAUACGAUCCCCCCAACAUUUCAAGACGCCAUCAGAUUGGCCAACGCGCUGGACGUUGAGUACAUUUGGAUUGACUCGCUCUGUAUCAUUCAAGAUUCCAAGGAUGAUUGGCAGACCGAAGCUGCACAGAUGGCUUCUAUUUACUCCCUGUCCUAUGUCACAAUCUCCGCUACUGCUGCCCAAGAUUCUGCAGCUGGCCUCAGAGAACAACAUCCGAUGCUGAAACAUCCUUGUGAGGUCAUUCCAUCCUGGACAGGGUUUGGGAAUCAGAUUCCACCUGUGCCUGUCAGGAUCGUGAACAGAUCUGCUUUCUGCGACGCAGUCCUUGCCCAGCCCCUGUUCCGUAGGGGAUGGGUCUUCCAAGAAUGGAUUCUAUCGCCAAGGACCAUACACGUUGCUCGAGACCAGCUCUGGUGGACCUCAGCCUCAGAUAUGACCUCUGAAGGUUUUGCUGCAAACGAGACAUGUGAAGGCUUUGACUUUGAUGUUCAUCGAGAAUACAUCCAUACAAUGGCCCCUGGGACCCUAUAUUCAAUGGAAAGCCAAAGUGAAGAGAGUCUACAGCUCGUGUGGCAUACUUUACUGCAAGAAUACAUGUCACGCUCGCUCACAUUUGAGUCCGAUCGCUUAGUAGCAUUCGCCGGUAUUGCUAGCUUUUAUCAGAGUCAUGCGAAGAUUAAAGCGAACUCUUAUUUGGCGGGAAUAUGGCGCCAUGUUCUCCUUCAAGAUCUAUUAUGGACUAUAAGUGAGGGUAGAAAAGUCUCGCCGCCACAGAAUUACCGCGCCCCAUCGUGGUCCUGGGCCUCAGUUGAGCCAGCACCGGAUACGAAAAAGAAGUUCCUGAUAGGGAGCCAGGAGAUAAACAUAAAAUUGUCAGAGACGGAACAGCCUUGGGUCUGUACAGCCACUGCCAUUGAGGCAUCUGUUGCGAUAACGGGGUCGGAAUUUGGGUCUGUUUCUGGAGGGUACAUUGUCCUCCAGGGGCCAUUAAUCAAGGCUCGGCUUUCUAUGAACAUGAUCGACCUAUCGAAUCGUCUCACGGAAGAACAGGCUUUGGAGUUCGUACCAGGCGGGAAGUUGCGAUUUGUCCAAAAUCGUGUUACAGUACCAGGAGGUCCAACUGUGGCAACCAUGGGGGCAUAUACACAUAUGUCGGCGACCAGGGCUCUACUCGAUGAUGUUAUCCCAACUGUGCUGGCUGAAGAGGUUGCCGAUAUUUAUCUUUCAGUCCUCUACUGCCGCUUCAAUCGCGAUGGAAGUCCUAUUGGCCAAGCAUUGGUUCUUGUUAGAGGCAUCGAGAAAGGAGAGUUCCGUCGAAUUGGCCAAGUUGGCAUGACUGGAGAGGCCAUAGAGCCCUGGGCUGAGAAUAGGGAUUUUAGCAAGUUUGCGCCUCUUACAGACGAGGAAGAAUUUCUCAGUAUGGGGAAUCGACCUGGAAUCUACAACUAUCGAAUUGUCUAG